UGUUGCCCUGGCUGGAGUAAAGCUUCGGGGUCCCAGAGAUGCACCAAACCCAGCUGUGUGCCCCCGUGCCAGAACGGAGGCCUGUGUCUGCGUCCCCAGCUCUGCGUGUGCAAACCGGGCACCCGGGGCAAAGCCUGUGAGCUGACCACUGCCCAGGAGCCUGCGUCCACAGUCCUCAGAGCACAGAGUCCUGGGCCCUCUCUCUCCUGGAAGCCUCCAGAACCAGCCGCACAGCUGACUUCCCCCGACAAGGCAGACACUCUUCCCAGAGCGGGUCCCGUGGCCCAGAUGACUUUGACCCUCAAGCAGAAGCCUUCUGUGGGCCUCUCACCGCAGACACGUCCUCAAGUGGCACCCCUGUCCUCCCAGAACGUCCUGAUCCAUCACAGCCAGACCCAGGAAUACGUGCUCAGGCCCAAGUACUUUGCUGCUCAGAAGGUGAUGGCAGGUGAACAGGCCACAGAAGGUGCUUUCGCCAUGAGGCCUGGGCAGGAGCCAGUUGCUGUGCCUUUUCAGUUGAGUAACCACACGGGCCGCAUCAAGGUGGUCUUCACCCCCAGCAUCUGCAAAAUAACCUGCACCAAGGGCAGCUGCCAGAACAGCUGCGAGAAGGGCAACACCACCACGCUCAUCAGUGAGAACGGGCACGCUGCGGACACUCUGACUGCCACCAACUUCAGAGUGGUCAUCUGCCAUCUCCCGUGCAUGAACGGUGGCCAGUGCAGCUCCCGGGACAAGUGUCAAUGCUCUCCCAACUUCACGGGCAAGCUCUGCCAGAUCCCAGUGCAUGGCGCCAACGUGCCCAAACGCUACCCGCACGCCCAGCCACCCAGCAAGGCACUGGGCACCCACGUCGUCCACUCCACCCACACUUUGCCUCUCACCAUGACCAGUCAGCAAGGAGUUAAAGUGAAAUUUCCUCCCAACAUUGUCAAUAUCCACGUGAAACACCCCCCGGAGGCUUCUGUGCAGUUCCACCAAGUGUCACGGAUCGAUGGCCCAACGGGCCAGAAGAUGAAAGAAGCUCAGCCGGGCCCGCCCCAAAUCUCCUACCCGGGGCUCCCGGCACAGAAGCCCCAGGCGGUGCAUUCCACAUAUUCUCACCAGCAGGUCACGCCUCGUGUCUACCCUGUGGCCGCCAAGACACAGCUGGGCCGCUGCUUCCAGGAGACGGUGGGCACUCAGUGUGGCAAAGCGCUCCCGGGGCUGUCCAAGCAGGAGGACUGCUGUGGGACUGUGGGAACCUCCUGGGGCUUCCACAAAUGCCAGAAGUGCCCCAAGAAGCCAGCUUACCAUGGAUAUAACCAAAUGAUGGAAUGUUUGCAAGGCUUUAAGCGGGUGAACAACACCUUCUGUCAAGAUAUUAAUGAGUGCCAGCUCCAGGGUGUCUGCCCUAAUGGUGAGUGUUUGAAUACCAUGGGCAGUUAUAGAUGUACCUGCAAGAUGGGAUUCGGACCAGACCCUACUUUUUCGAGUUGUGUUCCGGAACCCCCCAUGAUCUCAGAGGAGAAGGGGCCAUGCUACCGGCUGGUCAGUUCCGGGAGACAGUGCCUGCAUCCUCUGUCCGUCCACCUCACCAAGCAGCUCUGCUGUUGUAGUGUGGGCAAGGCCUGGGGCCCCCACUGUGAGAAAUGCCCCCAGCCUGGUACAGCUGCUUUUAAGGAAAUCUGUCCUGGUGGAAUGGGUUAUACGGUUUCUGGCGUUCAUAGACGCAGGCCAAUCCAUCACCAUGUAGGUAGAGGACCUGUGUUUGUCAAGCCCAAGAACACUCAGCCUGUUGCUAAAAGUACUCACCCUCCACCUCUCCCAGCCAAGGAAGAGCCCGUGGAGGCCCUCACCUUCACCCAGGAGCACAGGCCGGGAGCGGCAGAGUCCGAAGUGGCACCUGCACUCCCUGAGAAGGAAAUUGCUUCCUUGGAUCAAGGAAAAACCAAACUUGAGCCUGGUCAACCCCAGCUCUCUCCAGGUGUUUCCACGAUUCAUCUGCAGCCACACUUUCCAGUCGUGAUUGAGAAAACAUCCCCUCCUGUGCCGGUGGAGGUAGCUCCAGAAGCUUCCACAUCGAGCGCCAGCCAAGUGAUCGCACCUACUCAGGUGACAGAAAUCAACGAAUGCACUGUGAAUCCUGACAUCUGUGGGGCCGGACACUGCAUUAACCUGCCAGUGAGGUAUACCUGCAUUUGUUACAAGGGCUAUGCUUUCCAUGACCGGCAGCAAAAAUGUGUUGACAUAGAUGAAUGCACCCAGGUCCCUCACCUCUGCUCUCAGGGCCGCUGUGAAAACACUGAAGGCAGUUUCCUGUGCAUCUGUCCUGCUGGCUUCAUGGCCAACGAGGAGGGCACCCACUGCAUAGAUGUAGAUGAGUGCCGGCGGCCACAAGUGUGUGGGACUGGCCACUGUGUCAACACUGUGGGAGCCUUUCGUUGUGAACACUGUGACAGUGGCUACCGCAUGACACGGGGAGGCCGCUGCGAAGACAUCGAUGAGUGUCUGACUCCCAGCAUUUGUCCAGAAGAGCAGUGUGUGAACUCUCCAGGCUCCUACCGCUGCGUGCCCUGCACAGAAGGAUUCCGAGGCUGGAGUGGGCAGUGUCUGGAUGUGGAUGAAUGCCUAGACCCGAGAGUCUGCAGGAAUGGAACCUGCACUAAUCUUGAGGGUUCCUACAUGUGUUCUUGCCACAGAGGCUACACCUCGACCCCAGACCUCAAGCAUUGCAGAGACAUUGACGAGUGCCAGCAAGGGAAAUUCUGCAUGAACGGGCAAUGCAAAAACACCGAGGGCUCCUUCCAGUGCACAUGUGGGCAGGGCUACCAGCUGUCAGCAGAGAAAGACCAGUGUGAAGACAUUGAUGAAUGCCAGCACCAUCAUCUCUGCAGCAACGGGCAGUGCAGGAACACAGAUGGGUCCUUCCGCUGCAUUUGCGACCAGGGCUACAGAGCAUCGGCUCUUGGCGACCAUUGUGAAGAUAUCAAUGAAUGCUUGGAGGAUAAGAACGCUUGCCAGGGAGGAGACUGCGUUAAUACUGAGGGAUCAUAUGAUUGUACCUGCCCUGAUGGAUUCCAACCCAACCAUAAAGGAUGUCAAGAUAUUAAUGAAUGUGAACGGACUGGUCUCUGCGGUCCCCAUGGGGAGUGUCUAAACACAGAAGGUUCCUUCCACUGUAUCUGCGAACAAGGCUUCUCAAUCUCUGCAGACGGCCGGAAUUGUGAGGAUAUUGAUGAAUGUGUAAACAACACAAUUUGUGACAGGCACGGCUUUUGUGACAAUACAGCCGGCUCCUUCCGCUGCCUCUGUUAUCAAGGCUUUCAGGCCCCACCGGAUGGGCAGGGGUGUGUGGAUGUAAACGAGUGUGAGAUGCUGAGUGGUGUGUGUGGCGAGGCGACCUGCGAGAACGUAGAAGGCUCCUUCCUGUGCGUGUGUCCCGAGGAGCAUCUGGAGUACAGCCCCAUGACCGGCCAGUGUCGCCCCCAGUUGCAGGAAGGUGUGGCACGACCCAGGGAGGAGAAGAAAGAAUGCUACUACAACCUGAACGAUGCCAGCCUCUGUGAUAACGUGCUGGCCCCCAACGUCACCAAGCAAGAGUGUUGCUGCACUUCGGGUGCAGGAUGGGGUGACAACUGCGAGAUCUUCCCCUGCCCAGUGGUGGGGACUGCGGAAUUUGCUGACAUGUGUCCCCGAGGAAAAGGUUUCGUUCCUUCCGAAGACUCCGUAUACGACAUUGGUGGUGAGAGCUACAAAGAUGCAAAUGAAUGUCUCCUCUUUGGCCAGGAGAUCUGCAAAAAUGGCUUCUGCCUCAACACUCAGCCUGGCUAUGAGUGUUACUGUAAACAGGGCACCUACUAUGACCCCGUCCAGCUGCAGUGUUUCGAUCUGGAUGAAUGUCAGGACCCCAACAGUUGUAUUGACGGCCAGUGUGUAAACACAGAAGGCUCAUACAGCUGCUUCUGUACCCUCCCUCUGGUUCUGGAUUCUUCUGAAAAGAGAUGUGUGCGACCCACUGAGUCACAAGAGCAAGUCGAAGACACCGAUGUCUACCAGGACCUGUGCUGGGAGCACCUGAGUGAGGAGUAUGUGUGCAGCAGGCCAUUGGUGGGCAAGCAAACAACCUACACUGAGUGCUGCUGUCUGUAUGGAGAGGCUUGGGGCAUGCAGUGUGCCCUGUGUCCCAUGAAGGACUCAGAUGACUACGCCCAGCUCUGCAAUAUCCCCCUGGCCGGCCGCCGACACCCCUACGGCCGAGACGCUUUGGUGGACUUCAGUGAGCAGUACACACCCGAUGCAGACCCCUACUUCCUCCAGGAGCGCUACCUCAACAGCUUCGAGGAGUUACAGGCUGAGGAGUGUGGCAUCUUGACGGGCUGUGAGAAUGGCCGCUGUGUGCGCGUCCCCGAAGGCUACACCUGUGACUGCUUCGACGGCUUCCACCUGGAUAUGGCCAAGAUGACGUGUGUGGAUGUCAACGAGUGUGACGAACUCAACAACCGGAUGUCCCUGUGCAAGAACGCCAAGUGUGUUAACACCGAAGGCUCCUACAGGUGCUUGUGUCUGCCCGGCUACGUGACCUCCGACAAGCCCAAUUACUGUACUGCCAUCAGCCGGGAGAGGGACAGUGACCUGGAGUGACUGGCCCCCCUGGACUCUGCCCUUAGCUGAGAAGGACCCAGAAGCUACUUGUGACCUGAGGCUUCACACCUACCCCAGCAUGUGGGUGCUAGGCAAAGUCACCCCACCCGGAGGCUGAGUGUCCCGGGGAGAGAGGAGUUAGUGUGUGACAGCCUCGACAGCCAUGGGACAGUCCCCUGGAAGGCGAAGGCGGCCUUUAUAUAGUCUGUUCAUAUGUAAAAUUAAGGGAGUUAGUCAGCGCUGUUAUUUUAAACAGAAGGUUGUAUUUUGAUAUUGGUUGGUUUGGGUUUCGAUUUUUGUUUUUGUUUGUUUUGUUUUGUUUUGUUUUUUUACUCUUGCUUGAUUAAAUUUGGCAUUUACAUAGCAGUGGCCAUGUUUGAUAUAAUUUUCAUUUAGGGGCGGGGCAUUUCCUCGGUUGUUUAGUUAUUUAGUUUUUUGUUUUGUUUUGUUUUGUUUUGAAACAUAAUUUCAAAAGCAAAAGACUUGAGUAAGGUGUUAUGAAGUGAUAUAUGUAUUAUUCCACCACCUGAUACUUUUGAGAAGAUCAGGGACAUCUUAAUAAUCCAAAUUGUCUGUCCUGUGGAACAGGCCAUAGUUUUAUUUCUCCACUUUUUUAUUUUUGCUUAUUUUGUUUUGGUUUUUGGGUUUCGGGCCACACCCGGCGGUGCUCAGGGGUUCCUCCUGGCUCUGCACUCAGGAAUCACUCCUGGCAAGCUCGGGGGACCCUAUGAGAUGCCGUGGAUCGAACCCACGUGGGUCAUAUGCACAGCAAACGCCCACCCCGCUGUGCUAUUGCUCUGGUUUCUACUUCCCCGUUUUUAUACAAUUUGAAGAAAAGGAUUAUCUCUCUGUCCUGUGUUUUACUUGUUUGGUUUUAAUGUCUUCUUCUUAACCAAGCCACUAGGGGGCCUCUCUGGUACCCCCUGCAUUGAAAUAAAGCCCAAGUCACCCAUAAGCGUCCAUUGUUGCUGUUGUAAAAAACCCAGCAAAUUCUGUUUGAAAGUGGAAUCCCCAUAUACUUGCCUUUGUACCUUAAAGCAAAAUAAAUCACCUUUUUUUAAAAAAAAAAA